GCUAUUUCUAGCGUAUUCGCUUGCUUACGGUUAUCGGGUUUGAAUUCCUCAUUUUGAUCGUUAGCAGGCUGAUCGAUGGACGAGUCAGCACCUUUGGACGCAGCCGACCAGCCCUUCUACGACGCCAUCAAGGCAGCGCAUGGCGAUGACGUGAGCAGCGAGUUUUGCAUCCGCCUUGCGCGCGCGUUUCGCGGCGAUAAGAAGCACCGCAUGGAAAAGACCUUGGCCGAAGUCAAACGAAUCAAGGAUUGGCGUACGCAAAACGGCGCCGAUGGGAUUUUGACGGUGCCGUUGGAAAAAGCGAGUUUGUUUCACCAGUGCUGGCCGUCGGCAGUGUACGGCGAGGACGCAGCGGGCCAUGUAAUCAACAUGGAGCGUCUCGUCGAGAUCAAUGUGGACAGCUUCCACGCCCAUUUCACCGUGGACGAGAUCCUCCGUCACCGUAUGAAACACUUGGAGCAUAUCCAAGCAGAGUUGGCGGCGUCGUCCAAACGCAAGGGCAAACUCGUGUACAAGCACAUUUACAUUUUCGACCUGGCGGGGAUGGCGUGGAAACAUGUAGCGCCCAGCGUCAUGUCGUACUUGAAGCCGAUUUUCGACCUCGGUCAAGUGUACUACCCCGAAUCGCUCUUCCGCAUGUACCUUGUGAACGCACCGUUUGUGUUUUGGGGCACGUGGAAGGUCAUUUCAUCGUUCAUCGACCCCGAAACCCGCCAAAAGAUUCAAAUUUACAAGUCCGCGCCCGCAUUUGUCGUCGAGGCGCAAAAGCAAGGCAUGGCCCUCGAUGCCCUCCCCAGCCUCCUCGGCGGCAACCAUCCCGGACGACCCAUCGCGGACCUCGACCCACCAACCGAAUCGGUCGUGUCGGCUGUCCCCGAUACCGCUGCCAUACCGACUUAACACACAGAUCUCGAGGCUUUGACUUAAAGGAGUACUAUGUCAUCUACCGCAUGAGCUGUGGCUACUACGCGUAAUUGGAAUACUUUAUGUACUACGUAUGGCCCCA